AUGAGUUCAACUAGAUCUUCACCUUCUUCAUUACCAUCAUCAAACUCAUUCAUAGAUCAUGAUAUUUCUUCAGAAGAUCAUGAAACUGAUUCACUAUUGAAUUCUACAACAAAGCAAUUAAAUCAUGAUUCUAUUCAAGAUAUUCAAAAUGAUCAUCAACUUUUAUCACCAGAGUUGAAAUCAUUAAUCAAGAAAAGAUUAUACAUAUCACAUUUCCUUUAUGUUUGGAAUUCAAGAAUGUAUGAAUUUGGUAUAGGAUUAUUCAUUAUUAAUUUAUUCCCAGGUACUUUAUUCCCAUCUUCAUUAUUUGCAUUUUGUUCAAGUCUUUCAGGUAUAUUGUUAACACCAUUUGUUACCAAAUUAGCUAAUCAUGGUGAAAGAUUGAAAUUCAUAAAAGAAACUAUAUUUAUUCAAAGAUCAUUUGCUAUUUUAUCAUCAUUAGUACUAUUAAUAGUUUUCCAAUUUUUUGAUAAUCAUAAAAUUUUUAAGAGAAGUUGUCUAGCUAUUGUGAUCAUUUGUGGUAUUGUGGAAAGAUUAACCACUAUAGCAAACAAGAUUUCAAUAUCAAGAGAUUGGAUUGUUAAAAUAUGUCAUAAUGAUGAAGAUUUCUUGAUUGAAUUGAAUACCAAACUAAGAAGUAUUGAUUUAUUUUGUAAAUUAGUUGCACCUUUUUUCAUAUCAUCAUUUAUUACAUUCACAGGAUUUAAAAUUACUUUAAUUUUCAUCAUUUUAGUGUUUUUAAUAUCAAAUCAAAUUGAAUUUAAUAUGAUUUUAAAACUUUAUCAUUCAGUUGAUUCAUUAAAUGAAUCUCAGGAUAUUAUAAGUGCUAAAAAUAGUAAAUCACAUUUAAGAAACAAUCUUUCAUAUUGGGGAAAUUUAAAACUUUUCAUUAAAAAUCCAUUUUCUUUACUUAUUUUAUCAAUAUCAUGUGUUUAUUUAACAGUCUUAUCAUUUGGGAAUUCUACAAUUGCAUAUUUAUUAACUUUUGAUGAUAUUAAUAAUCUAACUAUUGGGUUUUUAAAAGGUGUUUCUACAGCAUUUGAAUUAUUUGGUACUCUGUUGAUUUUCCCCUUUUUGAGUAAAGCUUUAAGUGUGAUUAAUGUUGGAUUCAUAGCUGUUAUAUUCCAAUUACUUUCAUUAAUACCAAUUUUAUUUUCAUUCAUAUGGGAAUAUUCCAAGACACAUUGGUUAAUUUGUUUUUGUAUUCCAUGGAGUAGAAUUGGAUUAUGGUGUUUUGAUUUAGCUGUUCAAAAUAGUAUACAAAUUCAUAUUCAUGAUGAAUUUGAAAGAUUUAAUGUUACUACUUUUGAAGAAAGUUUAAAUAAUUUCUUUGAAUUAAGUAGUCAAAUAUUAACAAUGAUUUUCCAUAAACCUGAACAAUUUAAAUAUUCAGUUUAUGCAAGUAUUGGUGCAGUUGCUGUUGCUGUUGGGUUUUACACCAUUUUUGUGGUUAAAUUGCAUUUCCAAGCAUUCAAAACAUCAGGAGAGGCAUAG